UCCCACUCAGGGUGGUAACCAGCAUGUGUGUGGUACUUGUUAGUUUGUAUGGGUGGGGACGAUGGGGUGAGUAAAGAAAGAAGAAGCAGAACUAGAAUUUAGUGGCAGCUUUGUGUGACCUCCGGAAUUCAAAGAGGACCACCUCUCAGCAGGAUGUUUCAUGACUGAUUUUGCUUUGGUGCUAACGCCCUUCCCCUACCCUGAGCUUCGGGUGCCUUUCAGUGCGUGGCUUUGUGACACCUGUUUUGGCCUCCCUUUGCCUCAUUCCAGGCCCUGGUGAGGGUGUCAGCAGUGCCAGGAGUCGCUGUGCAGCAGCUUGCCAUGGAGCCUGCCUCUCUUUGCCAACAGACACCGGACUCGGAUGCUAGAUAAACCGAAGGAGCGUUAAAGCCCUGACAACACGUGGUCCAAAGAUCAUUGUGAGUUCAGCCAGUGGACCCCAGGCAGAGGCAAACUUGAAUCUGCAUUUGAGGACCACGUUUGUGGUGGAUUUCUGCCCUGUCCUGAGGCCAAGUUAUGCCAAGAGGGAUACUUUCCAGUGAUGUUACUGCUUAUAGAGUGUUUAGAAAUCCCAGGCUGUUGUAAAAAUAAAAGAAAGCUUGAAGAGAUUUCUCCUCUCCCUGAGGUUUACGUAUUCAGAGAAGUAGUUCCUAACUAGACAUCUUCCUUCUCCUUGAGAAGAAGCCAGCACCAAUACCCAUACCAAGUUUCUACAAAGCACGGAUGACCCGUUGACCAAAAGUUCCUUUUUCUCUUACUAUUGGCUGACACUGUUCAUGAAGCAUAAUUACAUCUUCCACUUUUCUUUUAAAUGAGCAAGCUGAAUUACUUGGAGGAGGGAGGCAGAGAGAUAGAAGAGACAGAAGCCAAGGCAGCUGAAAGAAAGAAUCCUCAGCAUGGAGAGGAAACUUAUGUCCUUGCCUCUGUCCACCUCUAUAACAGAAAUGGAAUCCAAUGGCACCUUCAGCAAUAACAACAGCCACAAGAACUGCACAACUGAAAUCUUCAAGAGAGAUUUUUAUCCUAUUGUGUACCUGAUAAUAUUUGUCGGGGGAGCCUUAGGAAAUGGCUUUUCCAUAUUUGUUUUUCUACAGCCUUAUAAGAAGUCCACAUCUGUGAAUGUUUUCAUGCUAAACCUGGCCAUUUCCGAUCUCUUGUUCACAUCCACAUUGCCCUUCAGGGUUGACUAUUACCUCAGAGGCUCCAAUUGGAUAUUUGGGGACAUGGCCUGCAGGAUUAUGUCUUAUUCCAUGUAUGUCAACAUGUACAGCAGCAUUUAUUUCCUGACUGUGCUGAGCGUUGUGCGCUACCUGGCAACUGUUCACCCCUUCCGGCUCUUCCAUGUCACCAGCAUUAGAAGUGCCUGGGUUCUAUGUGGGAUCAUAUGGAUCCUCAUCAUGGCUUCUUCAACAGUACUUCUGAAACAUGGCUCUGAGCAGAAGGGUAAUGUCACAUUUUGCUUAGAGCUGAAUUUCAAUAAAAUUGUUAAACUGCAGACCAUGAACUACAUCGCCUUAGUGGCAGGCUUCUUGCUGCCAUUCUGCACACUCAGCAUCUGUUACCUGCUGAUUAUUCGAGCUCUGUUAAAGGUGAAGGUCCCAGAAUCAGGUCUGCGAGUUUCUCACAGGAAGGCACUGACCACCAUCAUCAUUGCCUUGAUCAUCUUCCUCCUGUGUUUCCUGCCAUAUCACAUACUGAGAACCUUCCACCUGAUUGUGUGGGAAAUGGGUACAUGCACAGACAGGCUGCAUAAAUCUGUGAUCAUCACACUGGCCUUGGCAGCAUCUAAUAGCUGCCUCAACCCUUUGCUUUAUUAUUUUGCUGGGGAGAAUUUUAAGGACAGACUAAGGUCUGCAUGCAGAAAAGGUCAUCCACAGAAGACAAAAUGCAGCUUUCCUGUUGUGUGUGGUUGAAAAAGAAAACAAGAAUGUAAGAAAUAAUUAGGUGAGGCCUAUUCUUAUAUUCCUCUGUCCACCUUCAUUCAAACAUAGUUUCCACAUGACCAUGUAUUUACACCAUUCUCAACAAAGGUCAAUUCCCAACAUUUACUUGACCAUGACGUGUUAAUAAGACCUACUUAAAAAUUUUUAUUAGGUAUAUUUUCAGUGCUUAAGUCUAAAUGAGGAACAUAGCAGGAUCAGUAUUUACUAGUGUUGCAAUCAGAAGUGUCAGACUGAGAAAAAUGCCAAGCACAGUGGGUGCUACUUUUCAUCAGAUUCUGUACCAGACGGCCCAUCAAGCAGUCUAAAUUAUUAACUUGAAGAUAACCCCCAACUCCCCCAGCUUCUUCAGAUCCUCUUUCUUGUUCAAUCUCCCUGAGAUAUAGCCAAUUAAAAAAGCUGCUGAAGGCCCCAGAGCAGAUAAGUAAUGUAUCCUAAGAACUCAGGGAAAAGACCUUGAUUGUGAAGAGAAAGGUUAUCCUCUAACAAAGCAGAGUGAAAGUCCCAAACAAGAGCACUGAGAGAAAAACUGGGAAGAAAGACUAAGGCACCAGAGAGCUGGGGAGAAUGAGGAGGAAGGAGGAAUUUCACUUUGCACUGGGAAGCAAGAAGGUUCCUUUUGCCUCUCUUUUGCUGGAGGGGUUAAGAAAGACAGGAGAAGGACAGAAGGCAUUGCCCUAGAGGGUAGAAGGAUUAUGUGUAGAACAUGGGAAAAGGGUAAUUAGUUUUACUCUUGAGAUUUGGGUUCAGACUGACCUCACUGCAGUUCUCAGUCUUGCAUGUUAAUCUAUUGGGAUGGGAGCCAGAAUGGAGGAGGUAGCUCUAAGGGUUUGUUUGUGCACUCAGAGAAAGGGUGAAGUUGAGGACAAGUUGCAAAAGUUGUGAUACCCCUACAAUUCUAUUAAAGUUUUGGCAGAACAUAAGUAGGGUAGCUUUCCAUUUGAGAAUGAAGAAAAGCACUGGAUAGUGAGAGGGCAUCCUUUCUGUUCACUGAAACAAGGCCAAGAAGACUAUAACUGCUACCAUCAUGACCACUGCAUGUCCAACAACUGAGUGCCCUCUUUAUGCUGAGCAGACUGUGACAGGCACUUCACAUUUAUUGAUCUCACUUAACAUUCACACAAGAGCCAAUGUUUCCAUUUUACAGAUGAAGAAACUGAAGUUCAAAGAAAUCAAGAAACUUGUUCAAGUUCACAUAGUUCAUAAGAGUUAAAAACCUCUAUGACUGGUUGGCUGGGUGCUUCCCACUGUUUCUGAAAACCUCCAGGAAGAUUGGUUGAAAGUCAGAAUAACAGUUCUCUUCUCCGACCAGGCACCUACCCCUCUUCACUCUCAUGAGAAGACUGAAGGUAGAGGCUUUCUCUUCUGCUUUGUUUACUCCAAGCAGAGUGGAGGGUGGGAGAGAGGUGAUGUUCUGCAACGUGGGAGGGACUAAGUGAAAGCCUGUAUGUAAACAAGAGCACCAGAGCCCUUCCCUCACUCAGCUGCCGGAAGGAUGACAGACUCAUCCUGUCAAGACAGGAGCCUGGAGAAUCUUCCUGUGGAAAAACUGCCAACUGAAGAAAAAAGACCAACAUAUACAAACAGCUGGGGAUUCCCCAACACAAAAAUUAGGACCUGCCCUAUUAUCUUCCUGAUGGGGAAGCCCACAUUGCAACUAACUGCUUGUCCUCACAGAGAGUAUCUAUUAACAUGUAAACCUCACUCUUAAUUAUGAACAGUCAAUGCUUACUACACACAUUGGAGAAAAUGCCAACAAAUAAAUGAGAGGGUAGAGAUAUUUUUAGUAUGGGAGGUCUCAAAAUUUUAUCACCCUUGCACUUUUGAUCAGGAUGUGCUCUUUCAAAAUUAAUGGAUUAAACCAAGAUAGAGGAAAACAUGACAUAUAGGAAACAAGGAAUCCAACACAGGAGAAAGGUGAAAGGAUUUCUCAGGAUAGUGGUAUGUAGCUGAAAAACAAGAAACAAAUUGAUUUGUAUACAUUGGAGACAUUUAUAUAUUUUUAGAGAGUUUAGGAUGAACUAGUGAAAAUACAUAGAAAAAUAGCAAGUGUAAAGACAAUGCAAUUAUUAAAUACUAGGGGAAAACUUUUAAAGAAAGGAAAUAGUAUACUACAUGGUUUAGUUGUGAAUAAUAUUUACAUACAGAAUAUGUAAAUAGCAAAAUUCUAUAACUUUUUUUCAAGAAAUGAGGGGAGAGAAUUUGUAUGUGAGGGAGAAGGGGUAUUAGAAAUCUAGGUCCCCAUUUCCCAUUACAGAGAAUGUAUAAUAACUAUAGCUAGUGAUUGAGAAAUAACUGUGUGAAAAUGUUAUUUAGCAAUAGGAUCUAAAGCCCAGAAGAAACAGUGAAAAGAAUUGACAGGGAUUACCUCUGGAGAGAAGUUGCAGGUGAGCGGAUAGCGUAGGAGCUUCUCUUUCCUUUUAAGAAGUAUUUAACUAUGUAACUUGCAAAUAUAUAUUGCUGAAAUAAAAUAAAAAUUAAGUUAAAAUUAAAUUUAAAAAUUCAAAUUAAUGCUUUGUUUUGUUUUAAAAAACCGGGGAGAAAAAAAGAAAGGCCACCAGAAAUGGAAAUUGAAUGCUGAAAGGACAAAGAAAAGCAGAAAAGGACUAAGUUAGAUUUGGAUUUGGAACCCUGAGUGAUGCUCACCCACCUCUGCCAUGGGAGGCGAGUCCCAUCUUGGUGUGAGGGGUGUCACUUCGUGGGCUAGAGGUGAUUUGAU